CCCAGUCAGUCCACCACCACCACCAGCAGCUGCUGCAAAGCGCCUCCGCCAGAGCCAGCCGAACGCACAAAAGCCCACGGCCGGGACGCGGGACCAAGCAACGCGGCAGCCUGUACUGCCGGCUGCUAGCUGCAGCCCCCCCUCCCAGUCCCAGUUGUUCCAGGCAGCACCCCCCGGCCCGGCGCUCGCGAAGUGCGGAGCCGCCCUCUUCGCCCGUGCUCUCUCUCUCUCUCUCUCUCUCUCCGCGCGCUCUCACCCGCCAGGGCGUGCGCGUCGCGUGCCGUACGUACGGACCCCGGCGCUCGUGCGCGGGCGACAUGUCCUCGGCGGCGGGCGGCGGGUACGGGGGCGGCGGCGGCGGUGAUCACCACCAGCACCUGCUGCUCGGGCAGGCAGCGGGGCAGCUCUACCACGUGCCGCAGCACAGCCGCCGCGAGAAGCUGCGGUUCCCGCCCGACCCGGCGGACUCGCCGGCGCCCGCCGCGUGGCCGCCGGCGCCCCCGCCCUUCUACUCCUACGCGUCCUCGUCCACGUCGUCCUACUCGCCGCACAGCCCGGCGCUGCCGCACGCGCAGAUGGUCGCCCACGUGCUGCCCGCUGCCGGCGCCGGGGCCCAGAUCCCGAGCCAGAACUUCGCGCUCUCGCUCUCCUCGGCGUCCUCGAACCCUCCUCCGCACGCGCCGCGGAGGCCGCACCUCGCCGCCGGCGUAGCCACGGGGCCGUACGGCCCCUUCACGGGCUACGCGGCCGUACUCGGCCGGUCCAGGUUCCUGGGCCCCGCGCAGAAGCUGCUCGAGGAGAUCUGCGACGUCGGAGGCCGCCCGGCGCAGCUGGACCGGCGCUCCGACGACGACGGCUCGCUCGACAUGGACGCGGCGGGGGACGCGGACCACGACAUGGAUGGCGGCGACCGCGCGGCCGCUGAGGCGGUCGUUGUCUCCGGCGCCGAGCAGCAGUGGAGGAAGACCAGGCUCAUCUCCAUCAUGGAAGACGUUUGCAGGCGGUACAAACAGUACUACCAGCAGCUACAAUCUGUCAUAUCCUCGUUUGAGACCGUCGCAGGGCUUAGCAAUGCGGCGCCCUUUGCUUCAAUGGCCCUACGGACAAUGUCAAAGCAUUUCAAAUGUCUGAAGGGCAUGAUUCUUAACCAGCUGCGCAACACUAGUAAGGUCGCCGCCCACGAUGGAAUUGGCAAGGAGGAUAUGGCAAACUUUGCACUGAUGGGAGGUGGCUCAGGCCUCCUAAGGGGAAACAGUGGGAAUGCGUUUAGUCAGCCGCACAACAUUUGGAGGCCUCAAAGGGGCCUUCCAGAGCGUGCUGUGUCCGUUCUUCGCUCAUGGCUGUUCGAACACUUCUUACAUCCGUAUCCAACCGACAGCGACAAGCAGAUGCUGGCUAAACAAACAGGCUUAACAAGGAACCAGGUGUCAAACUGGUUCAUCAAUGCGAGGGUGAGGCUCUGGAAGCCAAUGGUGGAAGAAAUCCACAACCUGGAGAUGCGGCAGCAGCAUAAGAACCCAUCGCACGACAAGAAUCAGCUCGGCAUGCAGCAAACCCAGCACUCGUCGGACAGCAGCGGGAAGCCCUCCGAUCCUUCAAGCUCUCAACGGGGGCAAAGCAGUGGCAUGAUGGCGAGGAACCUAAGCUCCCCGGCGUCCCGGCACAUCCAAGACGAGCUCUCCCAGAUGCCCCACGACAUGCCAGCAGGCCAGGUGAGCUUCGCGUACAAUGGGCUGGCCGCGCACCCCGGCCUCGCUCUGUCGCACCCACAGCAAGCUGAAGGCGUCGGCACCGACGUCGGCGGCGCUGCUGCCAACGGCGGUGUCUCCCUCACCCUCGGCCUUCACCACCAGAACAACCGGACCUACAUCGCCGAGCCGCUUCCGGCCGCUCUCCCGCUCAACCUCGCCCACCGCUUCGGGCUCGAGGACGUGAGCGAGGCCUACGUGAUGGGGUCGUUCGCCGGCCAAGACCGGCAUUUCACCAAGGAGAUCGGCGGCCACCAUUUGUUCCAUGACUUCGUUGGCUGAUCAGAGUCUUGGAAGGGUUGGUCAACAUGUAUUGUACUAGGGGGUAGGACAGUCGAAGAAACAAGGGGGCGGCGUUCGUGCCCUCUCCUCUCCUGGUGUAGAUCCGUGUCCAAUAAUUGCUGUCGAUAUUUGACAAUGUGGGGGUGGCUGGCUAUAGAGGGCAUGACCAUUAGACCAUACCUUUGAAGAUUGUGUGCUGUAUGUGCUGCAGUUGAACCCUAUUUGUUCUAAUCCCUGAUGAUCGAUUAAGCCGCGUACGUUAACAUGUACUGCCACUAUUCCUUUGACACGCAAUUAAUUGAAGUGAA